AUAAACCAAUACGGUGUUAGUGUUCAGUAACCAUUAGCUCCUGUCAAUCAACGUGCAAUAGACUAUGGACAAUGUUACAGCAAUCUCAACUAUGAAGAGCACGAUUCUGAAAUGGAACUUGACAACAUCUGCUCCAAAUAAAGUCGCCUUCAAGAUUUAUGAAGAAUAUGAAGCAGUCGCUUUUAUUGUUGUCCUGCUUUCGUUUUGCGCAUUUGGACUGUUUGCGAAUUCUGUGACAUUUACUGCGAUCUGGAAAUCACCGAAACUGAAAAGCUCCGUAUUCAACAUAUUCUUGAUGAGUUUGUGCGUUUCCGACUUUGUCUCCGCUGUUGAUAGUUUGGGAGUUUUAUAUCGAAGAACUUGGGGAUUUCGAUACUGGAAUUUGCCCACUGUCUUCUGUAAGCUGACGUUGGCUGUUGACCUGUGGACUACGAUAGCAACAAUUCAGCAUGUUCUUAUCUUUUGUGUUCUUCGCAUUAUCUCGUUCAAAUUUCCAACAAAGUUUGGUUUAAUAAAACCUUCCCACGCAAAGACCUUGGUUGCCGUUAUCUGGGUGGAGACAUUCUUCUUCGGUUUUCUCCCGUUCUUCAUUUUUCCUGCUGUCAAAAUGCCACCAUCGGAUCUUACUAAACCCUACUGGUAUUCUUGUGCGAUGCAGCAAAAAUGGCUACGCAGCGCGGGGAUGUAUGCGUUCAUAGGAUUCCCGAUACUUAUUUAUAUUCCUUUACUGAUGGUCGUCGUAUUGUGUCUACUUCUGAUAUUCUUCAUUCUACAGCGACGUAGAAGCAAGAUAUUGACUCAAAAAAAUCGGUCAGCAGCAAUGCAGAAAGAAAGAUCCGCUUUGAUACAGCUAGGUCUGAUUGCGUUCUCCUUUCUUCUUGGAUAUAUUCCUUAUUCAGCAUAUGGACUUCAAUCGAUUAUUAUUCGAUCAAAAGGUGGAAAAUUGACGGCGCAUUUAGACUGGUUUCUUUCUCUUUUUUGUCACACACUUCUUCGAUUCUCUGAAUGUCUGAAUCCUGUUUUUUACAACAUUGCAUCAAGCAAUAUAAGAGAAGCGACAGCAAAGCUAUUGAUUGAUGUUUUCGGAUUGACUGGUCGUAGAAAUGGAAAAGUAGCAGCUGCCCCGACGCCUCACAAGUCUAAGGUUACAACCAUCACUGCAGAUCAGCGCUAAUCGUUUCGAUAAAAGGUUCAAAUGGAUACACAGACUACAAGCUUUUUCUUAUUUUCAUUGGAUACGAGGUUCACAUAUGAAUCGUUUUGUCUAAUUAUUGUGGUGCAAAAAUCGCAAUUAGUGAGCUGGUUGAUUUCAAAUUUUCCCUACUUGAAGAUUGUUGAAGCCGCCAUAAGGCUAUUGUUAUUUAUUUCAAAUUUUCUCUAUUAACGGAUAUUUCACCUAAUGUUUUUGCUAUUUUAUUAUAACUAACUCAAAUAGAAACGAUUUAUUCCAUCACUCUUAACGCGCCAUUUUAUUAUCUUACAAUUACAAUGGUAAAUAAAACUAAUCUGAUAUAAGUUUCAAUAUUCUUAUAAAAACUUAGUUUCGACUAACUGUGAGAAGUUUUCACUUGUUAAACUCAGUUAGCCAUGAACUCUAAAAAUUUCUACGCCCAAAGUUUUUUCCCAAUCCGUUAUGGGGAAUUCACUACCCUAUCGUUAAGUAUACCAUAGCUGCUGUUUAUCUGAUUGUUUUGAAGCGAAUGUUUACUAAAGCGCAA